UUUUGAUACAUUGUACUUCUACUUUGACAUUCUUUACUUCCUCUUUCGUAUGUGCCUGGAGUUGUCCAUACAUUCUAGCGCACAUGCGUAUGUUUUAAGGCCCUUAUGAAGAACAUUCAGCUGAAGUUUACGAAACAUGCACAUGAUAAAAUAUACAUCUUAUUUGUCGAAAACAUGGAUAAACUUAAAAAAAUUUUAGCUAUUGAUUUUGGAAAAAACUGAGAAAACAAAAUCUCGGACUUAUUUAAAUUCUAUGACCAACCUUAUUAGCACAUCUUUUUUCAUAUUAUUAUUUAUGUAUUCAGGCACGUAUGCACUCGCCAAAAGGCCGAGACCUAUGAGAAGACUUAUGACCGAGCAUUUAUUUGCCCGGAGAGAUAUACAACAGCAUGUGGACAGCUUGAUUGGAGAAGAUGUACCAAGUACAGGUUUGGGUAAACACUUGUUAUACACCAACUCAGAAAUAUGCUAUCCGAUAUAACACGGUGGAAGAGUGUUGUCCCGGCUGGCAGGAUGGUGGAGUCGGUGAAUGCACCAUACCUGUAUGUAUUGGUGGCUGUGACAAUGGCGGACAUUGUGGUGUGACGUCAGACAGUAUCCCAGGAUGCAUUUGUCCAAGUAAUACAUAUGGGAACAGGUGUCAGUAUGAAAAGCAUGAUAUUGGAAGGGUGGUUAUUUUUGCCGUUAUGGUUCUUGCCAUUUUUACCGCCUUAGCCGUGACGUUACAUAUAUACUGUCGACGUUUACAUACAAGGUCAAAUAUAAAAAAGAUCAUUCACCUGCACAAAAUGAAUGUCACAGAGUGUGAGCAACUACUGUCAGAGACAAGCAAUCAGAACAAUGAAGAAGUCCUAUGUGGAAAUGAGCACGGUGAAAUAUCAACCGCACCGCUGAAGGAAUAGCAACGAAACCUUACUCGCUGAUUUUUGUACCUGAAUAAAAAUGUUUACCUUAACUGAAAAGAUUGUGUAAUAUAGAGACAUACUCUUAUAUUAUGACAUAGGGUUAUAUUGUGUCAUCAGGUUAUAUUGUGGCAUAGGAUUAUAUUGUGCCAUAAACUUAUAUUGUGUCAUAGUUUUAUAUUGUGGUAUAGCUUAUAUAUUUACAUAUGGUUAUAUUGUGACAUGGCUUAUAUUUCACAUAGCCUUUUAUUGUGACAUAAGUUAUAUUGUGGCAUAGCUCAUAUUGUGACGUAGGGUUUUAUUGUGACAUAGGGUUAUAUUGUGGCAUAGCUUAUAUUGUGACAUAGCUUAUAUUGUGACAUAGGGUUAUAUUGUGACAUAGCUUAUAUGUGACAUAGGGUUAUAUUGUGACAUAGCUUAUAUGUCAUAGGGUAAAAUUGCAGGAUAGGCUAAUAUUAUGAUAUAGGGUUAUAUUGUGGCAUAGCUUAUAUUGUGAUAUAGGGUUAUAUUGUGACAUAGCUUAUAUUGUGAUAUAGGGUUAUAUUGCAGGAUAGGCUAAUAUUGUGAUAUAGGGUUAUAUUGUGGCAUAGCUUAUAUUGUGACAUAGGGUUAUAUUGUGACAUAUGGUUAUAUUGUGGCAUAGCUUAUAUUGUGAUAUAGGGUUAUAUUGUGACAUAGGGUUAUAUUGUGAUAUAGGGUUAUAUUGUGGCAUAGCUUAUAUUGUGACAUAGGGUUAUAUUGCAGGAUAGGCUAAUAUUGUGAUAUAGGGUUAUAUUGUGGCAUAGCUUAUAUUGUGACAUAGGGUUAUAUUGCAGGAUAGGCUAAUAUUGUGAUAUAGGGUUAUAUUGUGGCAUAGCUUAUAUUGUGACAUAGGGUU